UGUAGCUGCACAGCCAGGCUAAAGAAGAGAUGAAUGAUGAGGCUGAGUCUAGACCUGCCGUUGCCCUUGGUUACAAAAUCCCCUGAGGAAAACAAGUCGGUGUCGAUUAGCGAUGUCUGUCGUGGGAAUCCUUGAGUAUUGGGAAGGACCCCCGGCUCCCUUAGCCUGCCCUGGACCAGCAUAUCAAGGGCCUGGCUUCCUCUUUCUCUUUUUAGUUGUGGGGAAGUUCGCGCUUCUCGGCGCUCGAUUGGCCACGUCUGUCCGGUCCACCGUGUUGAUGUCCGGGAGGGAGGGAAGAUGGCGGCGGUAGCUGCUGGUGGCCUAGUGGGCAAGGGACGAGACAUCAGUCUGGCGGCCCUGCAGCGCCACGACCCCUAUAUCAACCGCAUAGUGGAUGUGGCUAGCCAGGUGGCUCUGUACACUUUCGGCCAUCGGGCCAACGAGUGGGAGAAGACUGAUGUAGAAGGAACCCUGUUUGUUUAUACAAGGUCAGCUUCUCCCAAGCAUGGAUUCACAAUUAUGAAUAGGUUGAGCAUGGAAAAUAGGACCGAACCCAUCACUAAAGAUCUGGAUUUCCAACUUCAGGACCCAUUUCUUCUAUAUAGGAAUGCCAGAUUGUCCAUUUAUGGAAUCUGGUUUUAUGAUAAGGAUGAAUGCCAAAGAAUUGCAGAACUCAUGAAAACCCUGACUCAAUAUGAGCAACUGAAAGCACGUCAGGGGGCUAGAGCAGGAAUCUCCCCAAUGAUCCUCAAUUCAGGAGAGGGCAAGGAAGUGGAUAUCUUACGAAUGCUCACCAAGGCCAAAGAUGAAUAUACCAAGUGUAAAACCUGUUCUGAGCCAAAGCAGAUAGCCAGUUCAUCUGCCAUCUAUGACAACCCCAAUCUGAUAAAGCCAAUUCCAGUGAAGCCUAGUGAAGGCCAACACCAGCGUGCCCCUCAACAAGGCCAGAACUUAGAUCCUGAACCACAGCACUUAUCCUUGACUGCACUCUUUGGAAAACCAGAUAAAGCUACCUAUCAGGAAAUUACAGAGCAUAAAUCACAACUGCUGCCAUCAACACCACCACAGCAGCACCAAGAGAAACCUCCCAUUAGGCAAGGGGUAGUACGUUCCCUGUCCUAUGAAGAACCCAAAAGAAAUUCACCAACUCCAGAGAAGCAGCUUUGUCCAGCUAUUCAGAAACUCAUGGUCCGGGGCACAGAUCUCCAUCCAGUGUCAGAGCUACCAGAAACCCGAUUCUGUGAAAAUGGCAGUGUUCACCCUAUUGGAGAGAUUUUCACUGGCCUUUUCCAGCCAGUGACCCCACACAGCAUUGGGACAUCUCACAGAGUACAAAGUGCAUCUGGAGCUCAGAGCCUUUUAGAGAAACUUCAGGGUACCCCUGGAUCAGUAAGCAAGUUAGACUCUACUACAACAGUGCCUGCUAGUUCAACUGCACCAAUUUUCAGCAGGACUUCUACUCCUGCUGCCCCUACAACACAGAUAAAGAAUAUGGACCAGCCACAGCUGGUAUAUUUUAAUGGCUCCCUUCCACCUCAGACUUUGGAGCCUCAGACUCUUAGAAAAGAAGAGCCUAAAGUUUCAAGGCAAACCAUCCCCAUCCCUAGCAACCAAACAAGUAAUUCUGGAGUGAUCUCUCCUCAAGAAUUGCUGAAAAAGCUCCAAAUUGUACAACAAGAACAGCAGUUGCAUGCAUCUAGCAGACCCGCCUUAGCUGCUAAGUUUCCCGUAGUUACCCAAAAUCCUAGGCCUCUGAAACCUUUGGAAUCCUGGAUCGACAAGACAUCUAAUGCAGAAAAACAGACCCCUCUUUUUCAGGUCAUCUCACCUCAACGCAUCCCUGCUACUGUGGCUCCUUCCUUGCUGAUGUCCCCUAUGGUGUUCACUCAGCCCACACCUCCCUCACCCAAGGUUACUGAAAGUGGAUUGUUGCCACUAGGAAACAAAGAACCCAGUGCUGCUGCUCCCAGCCUUCUCCUGCCUAUCCAAAACCCAGAGGCCUCUGUGAUUAACAACAACUUGCUGACCAAACUACAGCUUCAGGAGACACUUCUCCAUCUCAUCCAGAAUGAUGACAAUUUCUUAAAUAUAAUCUAUGAAGCUUAUCUCUUCAGUGUCACACAAGCAGCCAUGAAAAAGACUACUAUCUGAAAAGAAAACUUUUUUAACCGAUGAUUUCCAAGGGAUUUUUGGAUUCCAUCAAAGCAAGGUUCACCUAAUGUCGAGUAUUAUUACAUUAAAAUGUUUCUGCAUUUUUAAAAAUGUGUAUACUAUUAUGAAAUAAAACGUCCUGGACUUUU